UAAAUGAGAUCACUGAACACUACGCUGCUCUUCAGAAUCAGUUUUUGUUGGUGAUGCAGCAGAAGAAACUAUCUUCACCAGGAAAUAAUGAGGACGCAAAGAAGGAAAGCAGGCAAGAUGACAUGGAGAAACCAGUAGUGUUACCCUUCUUGCAGUUCUUAAAUACUGGUGAAAUCAAUAACCUGCAAGGAACAUCACAAGAAGCAAAAAUCAUAGAAGAUCAAGCAUUUGAGGCUUCUUGCAGGAAAGCAAGAGUGUCCGUGAAGGCACGAGCAGAAUCAUCUUUGAUGGGUGAUGAGUGUCAAUGGAGAAAAUAUGGACAAAAGAUAGCAAAGGGCAAUCCUUGUCCCAGGGCCUACUAUCGUUGUAACAUGGGAACAGCAUGUCCAGUUCGCAAACAGGUUCAAAGGUGUGCUGAGGAUGAGAAUAUUAUGAUCACAACCUAUGAGGGGAAUCAUAAUCAUUCACUCCCACCACCAGCCAGGUCCAUGGCAUGCACAACAUCAGCAGCACUCAGCAUGUUCCUUUCUGGCUCAACCACCACCACCUUUUCAAAUUCAUUAUCUACUUCUACCUACUAUCCAUCUGCAUCAUCAUGCCCCACUAUAACACUGGACUUAACACACCCCUCAAGUGCUAGUGCUAUUUCUUCAAAUCAUUUCCAACCUUUUCCUCUUUCUUUGCAUGGCUAUCCUCAACAAUCUAAGGGACUACCCUCAAAGAAGAACCUUGACUUGGUGGAUGUUGUUUGUGCUGCCAUAACCACGGAUCCUUCUCUGAAAGCAGUAUUAGAUUCAGCCAUUUCCUCACUCAUUCCAGACUCUCACAACAUCCAUAACCACUGCAGCCAACUUAGUAGCAGCAGGAGUUAUUAUGAUCCUUCUUAGAGUAGAUAAUAAUUGUCAAAAAAAUUCUAAAUUGAGCAAGGCACUAGCAGAGGACACAAAUAUGUUUUUAUACGUAACAAGUUUAAUGAGAAAAUUAAGUUCAUUUUUCAUAAUAAUAUAUGAAUUAAUUGGUUCUUGAAUUAAUAUUAUGGAAUACUCUCUUCGCUGUCUGGAAGAGGUGUGGUAAUGUGGUAGGCUUACAGGUCAUAAUAUGCAUAAUGCACAUGACAGGAAGAGUAUCUUAGGAUAAGUUAGAAGUGCUUUUAAAAGUUUCUC